AUGUAUCCAUCCCUGGCAGUAUUCAGCACAAGCAAUGCGUACACCACUGCGUACGACCCCACAACGAUCUUACCGCUGGACACAUGCUUCGAUGCAGACCAAUCGUCUCUCAGCUCGAACAGCAAUUAUUCGAUUGACGGACAAGCGCACUAUGUCAGUAUAUCGAAUCCUGCGACGUUUAUCGGAAAAUCCAAUUCCUCAUCGCCCAACCGCCGCUACGACAGCCUACAGUCCAAUUUUGCAGCACACUCACCGACGAUGCCGCAAGCGCAAGUGGGCCGAAGACGAUGCUCAGAAUCUGCAGAACUGGGCUCUGCACGAGCUGUUUACCUUGAAAAGAAUCGCAAAGCAGCAAGCAAAUGCAGGAGCAAACAAAAAAGGCAGCAGGAAGAACUUGUGGAAACAGCAAGGGAUAUGGGACGUCGGAACAAGAUACUCAAAGUCGAGGUUGAAAAACUGAAUAGUGAAAUGCAAGAUCUGAUGCAGCUUCUAGGUCAGCAUGCACAGUGCUCUGAUGCUCGGUUGAAACGGUAUUUGCAGCGCAAAGCCGAUCGAAUAGCAACUGGGCGUCAGAAAGAGGGCUUGCCUUCGCCGUUCUCAAGCAGUCCACACUCUAGCACCAGCUCUAUUAGCAGGGUUCAUUGCCAGAAAGAAGAGUGA